AUGAAUUUUUAUUGGACUCUUCGCAAAUCUCACACAUCGAACAGAGAAUUCGCCGCUUCGCUAUCGCCACCGCUUCCUACUUCGAGCUCACUGUUCACCGCCGCCUGGACCGCCGUCUGGACCGCCGUCGGGGUGUAUAAGCUCUCUCCGGUGGCAACCAUGGGGGAUCCAAACCCUAGCUCCAAAGAUGGAAAAGCCGAUGCUCGGACCAUGCAUUGCCCACACUGCGCCGGACCCCUCACGAAGGAGAUGGAGACAAGUGAAUGGACUGUACCACCGCUCAUCAGAGACAGCUUUUCUAUGAUAGGAUCCGCGGUUGGUGGCACGGCUGGUGCCUUUUACGGCUUUAACCACGCCAUGCCGAUUGUUAGGAGGUGGAUUAAAGGGCCAAUGUGGUUGCAUUUUCUCGUUGGUGCCCCACCAGUCAUUAUUUUCUCAUCGGGCUGUGCUGGAUUAGCAGGUGGCUCGAUUCCAGCCUUGGCUCAACUUGCAUCGUCGUCUUAUCAUGCUGUUAUGACAUCAUCGACGCCAUCAUCACCAUCUUCACCUUCAUCAUCGUAG